AUGCUUUCCGCUGCGCAGCAGCAGCAACAGCUGCUUCAGUUUGACUGGCAGGCUCGAGGCCUGCAACAAGAGGAAGAUCGGUCGUGCUGGUAUGCCCAGCAUCUCCAACAGCACCAGCUGGCUGCGCUAGACUCGCACGCUGUCCACGAAGCUCACCACGUCCAGAACGAAUCGCAGACCUCUGGGGGGUCGAGUGUACAUGCACCACCCUCGAGGAACGAGGCGCCGGCGGCUGCGCCAGCGUCGUCUUCUUCUCAUGUGUCAGGCCAGCUGCAAGCAAGGCGCGAUGGACUGACGACCCGAGCUGCCUCGUACCACGUUCAAGAAGACCAGGCAGACCCCCAGGCAGCACUCCGCGAGCAACGAAGACAAGAGAUCCAGGCGCUCCAUUUCCUCCAGUCUGCGGGAACCACGCCUUCCAUGAGCCCGCAAGAGUUUCUCAUGCGCCAGCAGAUCUUCCAGCAGCAGCACCUGCACCACCUUCAGCAUCUGCAGCAGGCGGCAUUUCCGCACGCCCUCAAUCCCUCUGCGCAGCCCCAGCACUCUCACCUCGCGUCGCAUCUCGUCACGGCUCCAGGUGGAGCCGCGGAAAGUCCUCAGGUCUUUCUUCAUCAAGGGUACGAGUCUUUCUCGCCUCCUCUCUCGCGCGGAAGUGGGGACGCCGGCGUUCAACCCCGAAGCGAGAAUGACGCCAGGCCGUCGCACGAGCUGAGCCGUGACACUUCGCGGUCGACCGGCUACGGAGUCGGGAGCGAAGACUUUCGGGCGGCGUCCGGCGCCCCACUUCCGCAGGCGAGAGCCGGCCUGCGAGCCGCAGACGGUGCGGAGGCGCGAAGCACCCCGCCGUCGGACCGCGGAUACCCGGAGACAGCCGCCGGCUCGCCCCUCAAGGAGGGCGAUGCCUCUGCGGCUUCGGGGUGGAGUCCUUCUCAAGGCGCGUGUCAGUUGCGUCAGGCGUCCACAGCACCCUCCCCGUGCCGCUUUCCAGAAGAUCCGCAGGCUCCUGGCAGUCUACACGGCGCACCAGCAAGUCUCGAGCCAACUCCCGGUGGCGGGUCAGACAGCGGCGCGACAGCCACGGCGGGCUCUGCGGCGUCCGACCACGCGUCGCUUUCGUACGCGACUGAGCCUGGGUCGUUCUCCGGCAGCGCCGCUUGCUUUCCUCCGGGCGGCAACGGUCCUCCGGGUCCCGCCAACCUCCUGUCGUUUGCCCACCCGCCCUCCGGUGUCUCGGCGGGGUAUGGAAACCAGUUUCCGGCCUCGGGGCGGUUUCUGGUUGGAGGGUAUCCGUCCCAAGCGCAAGGCUGUGGAGGGGGGUACGGUCCCCCCGGGUUCUUGACACAGUUUGGCGCGCACUACGCGAAUCCCCACCUCAUGCACCCCUUCCCGGCACCGCAUGUGUCCCCUCACCAGCUGCCGCCCGCGUUCGCCCCCUCCCAACCCAGCAACGGGGCACAGAUGGUCGAUUUUUCGUACCCUGCGAUUUCAGGCUCCGCCGCUUCGAAUCUGCCGGCGAGCGGCGCCGUUCCAGCGGGCGACGUGCCGCAUGCGUCGCCGUCCACCCAAGCUUUCCCCAGUCUCCACAUGUCUCCGUCUCUCCACCAUCCCUCUGCCUCGCAUCUCCUCCCCGUGCCUGGCCCGUCGACGCCGACCAAGCGGUCGCCGAACCCGCUGGGGUAUUCCUCCCGCCGAGGCUCGCAGAGGCGGCAAGGCCUCGCAGCGGCAGGGACGCCGUCGACCGCCUGCACGCCUCCGCCCUUCACCGCGGACUCGCUGCUCCUCUCGGCCUCCACGGGGCUUCCCUCGGAGGCCUCGUCGCUGUACUCGGGGAGCCGUCGGUCGUCCGCGCACUCCGCAUUAGGCCGUGACUCGGCGGGGGUGGUCUCCGCCCAAGACCGGCUCUUCUUCGAUGAAACGACGGGGACGUUCUCGAUGGGCCACACUCCUGGCACCAGUCACUCGAGAAGGAGUUCCAAGACCGCAGCAAACUCGCGGGGCGAAAUGCUGCCUCGCGCCCCUGGCAUGGGGGUCGCCGUCGACUCGGGAAAAACCUUCGCCUGGCCCAGAAACUCGGCCGCGCCGCGAUCUUCCCCCGGCGUCCACGCAGCCGCGGGCGGCGAAGGUGCGAUGGUGGCGGGCUCCGACGGGGUGUCUUCGACAGCCACAGGGAAAAACGGAGCGGGGAAAUCCACGCCCGCAGGAGGGGCCGGAAAGGAAAGCGGGGCCGGAGCAACCGGGAAUCUCCGAGGACCCUACGCCGUAUUCGCCACGCAAAUUGCAGUCCCACCCCCGCCUGAACUCGAAGAAGCAUGCCAGCGCCUUGCAGAGUUCCACUCUGUCCCUUGGGUUUUCGUUCGUCAGCUGAAGGCGCAGCCUCUGAUUCAGCAGUGGCUCGACAGUCGAGACGUAAGCUGGAGUUUCGCCUUCGCCCUCGUUUUCAACGCGCGACUGGCCGCCGGAAGCGUCAACGUCAACGUCCGAUGGGCCCGCGAACCGACGGUCGUCGGCGGCGCCUUCCUGGUCGGAAAAGGCAAAACGUACAGCUGGCGACGCGCCCCACAGGAGGCGAGCCCGCACAUCAUUCUGCAGUGCUUCGAGGCUGCAUGCAAGGAAAGGCAGAAAACCUUUGGCCGUUCUCAGCACGUCGAUGACUACUUGGCGGUUCUGAAAACCGACCUGGCGACGGCGUGGCGAUUGGACGCAGAGGGCCUGCAGCAGGCAGCAGAUUCUCUGAUCGCGCUGCACGGCCUGGACAUUUUUUGUGGUUUGCCGGUGACCUCGAAGCAAGUGAAAGAUCUCCUGUACUUUGAUCCUCACGCCAACUGUUUUUCUCUCGCCCCCGAGAGCCCGCCUCUUCCGCCGCUGCACUGCUUUUUUCCUGGCCCGCAGGACGCGUCUUCGGCGUCUGACCUCCUGUUGGGGAUAACGAAGGAAAGCGCAGCUUUAGCCGCGCCCGACAGCGUCCAUUCUUCGGCUCCGCCUUCGCCUUCGGGGGAUCUACCCUCCGCCUUUGGCAUGCGGUGUACGUACACCUUCCGCUGCCCGGCGCCCGACUGUCUGGGCCUUCUCUACACUCUGAACCGCGUUCGGCUCUUCUGCUUGAAUGCCAAGUUGAGGUCCUCAGCCUCCGGUCCUUCCAGCGAUGUCCUGGAAACGAGCACAGGGUUCGACAGCUCGACGGGGAGCGUGUGUAACCGGCCUUCUUUCUCGAUCCGCGAGGGCGCCCGGGGCGUAUCUCCGUCCCUUUCCUCGGGCUUGGCCAACGGUGGCGGGUGUCCCCCUGGCGCCGUCCAUGCGCCCGCCGAUUUCUCGGCCGACGUCUCCCACGUGCCUUAUCCGAAUGCUUCCUUCCCGCGCGCAGCCUACGACGCUGCAGUGCCAGGAAGUGGCUACGGAGGCAAGGAUGACGACGCGUUUCUCCCCUCUGCGUUCGCUUCCGGAAUGAACGGCGCUGGCCCGCGGGAGCUCGAAGGGGCCGAUCCCGAGCCACGGAAGGAGAAAGGCUUCGAGCUCGCCGCCUUCGCCCCCGCUGAGGCGUCGCUGUCCUACGGGUCGUCGCCGCGCGGCAGAACGGUCAAGUCGCCGCGCUCACCAGUGGGAUGUGCGCUCUACGAGAGACUGGUGCAGGGCGCAUCUUCGCCGAGUGCCGGUGAGCCCCGCCGAGGCGCGCCGGGAAACGUCCCGGGGGAUGUCUCCGGGGCGCUCCGCGACGAACCCCACGAGACCGGAGACCGCCCUUUGCUCUCCGGCGUCGGAGGCCCGAAGCGCGACGCGGGCGCGGCCGGCGGCGAGCCGCCGGAUUCGGAGCACCAAGACGAAGAGGCGGCGAGGAUUGCCCCCCCCGAGGCGGGAUCCGGGCAGAGCGGCGCGCGAGCUGAGGACGAGAAGGAAGGCGUGUCGCCCAGACUCGCCAGUGGAGUGGGACAGGGCAACCGCGGCGACGCUCGCGAGGCCUUCUGUGGAGCGGAAACGGACGGAUGCCCGACGGCUCACAUCGAGCGCGAAGCCGUCGAAGCUCCGCCGGGGCUGUUGGAGUUCGGAGAGAACGCGCCGUCGAUUGAGGGCGCGGAAAGACACGACAGUGCACUUCCCGACGAGGCAAAGGGUGGAGCUUAUCCAGGAUCGUCUCGGCCGGCACGGCGGUCUGCCUCGCGAGGGUACGCGAAGGUGAAGAAGCGGAGACGCCCGCUCCUCGCGGCCUCGCGAAGGAAAGCCGUUCACCUCUCGUGUGUCUCCGACGAGGCCCAAGAGGCGUCGCUUCAGGACGAGGGCGAAGACCGAGAAAAGGACGACGACUCCGAGCAGUCGUCGCAGCUGGGUGCGGUCGCGAUUGCCGGGGGACCAGCCUCGACUCUCCGCGCGGCGCACCCCGCGUUUGCCUCAGCGAGUCUCGAGGAGCCGUGCAGUGGCCGCAAACUGGACUGCAGCGCGGCCUGGAUGGCGGAGGAGCGGGCCGACCGGCACUUGGAGGCGUUUUUCUCGGCGUGUGUCGACGAGCGCCCGCGCCGCGGCGAGGCGAGCGAGGACGAGAAGGCAGAGGACAGAGCGGGGUCGCAGCCGAGCGCCCCGCCGUCUCCAAAGAGGCAGAAGAGGGGAGCAGAGGCACUGGCAAGGGUGAACGAGGGCGAGGCCGAAGCGGGGGAAGAGCGCUGCCCCGCGCCUCGUGAUCCCCAGGAGAAACCGCGCAGCGAGAAGCGUCUGCGGGACGGAAGUCUCGGCGAGGGCGAAGACGCGUCAGACGGCAGGCACACUCUCGAGCGGGUCGAGGAAGAGCGAGAAGACGCAGAGAGUGAGGAGAGCUUGUCCCCCGGUUCCGGGUCGGGGGCGAAGCGCGGAAGGCGAGGCUCUCCGGCAGGUGACUCGGGGACCGCAGACGAGGGGCUGUUCUUUGAGGGGAGAGAAAGUCACGCAGAGGCGGCGAAUGCGUUCAGGGAGCUCCGGGCACUGGCCGACGACGAGAAGGGGGCUGAGGAGAACACAGGCCUCCGCUUUCUGGACGACCCGAACACGCCGAGCCUGUCGCCGACGGACCCAGCGUCCCGGGGCGGGUCGCGCGUCGGAGACGAGGACGAAGAGAAGGGCGGAGAAGAGGGAAAGACCGACGGCCGAAGGAGACGCGACGGUCGGGCGAGAAGGACGCGGCGGUAG